AUGCCCUCACGACCCGCCGAACGCCCACUGAAGGUUCUCGUUGCACUGACCAACCCGUCCGCCUUCAAGUUUGGUUGUUCAGUGGUUGCGCGCCUACACCGACUCGAGAAUGUCUCCCUCCAGAUCAUAGCGUGCAACCCGUUUCCCACCUCACCCUUCACGGCCGUCUCACCCACCCUCGAGCCUGUCUGGCACACCUACGAUGUCGAGAGCCAUGCAACGCCCGGGUGGCAGCAUGCAGACUUUGUCGAGACACAGGUCGCAGGGUACUGCUCCUGGGCCGACUUGCUCGUCCUUGCGCCGCUCGACGCCGAGAACAUGGCACGCAUGCUGCACGGCUUCACCAGCAGCCUGCACAUGCAGAUACUGCGCAGCUGGGACGUCUCCAAGAAGAUCCUGCUCAUACCGGGCAUGUCGACGCAGAUGUGGGAGAAUCCCAUGUCCAAGAAGCAGAUCACCAAGAUCAAGAAGAAGAUGAACUGGAUCCGCGUCCUGCCUCCGCUGCUGUGGAAGUUCGACCAGACCGGCAGGAAGCACGUACCGUGGGGUGGGCACAAGGAGUUUAGUGAAUCCGUACAGACGCAGAUCGACUUGAUGGCGGUCGGCGACGGCACCGUCACCCUUCCCACUGCACAUCUGCCGACGAUGAUGCCGACCAAGAGCAAAGGACCGCGCCUGCCACCAGAGCUGUGGUCCAUGAUUCUCGAGUGUACCGAAGACUGGGAGCUGGCUACCACGCUCAAUGUGCACACCAACCUGCCCGUCCCUCGCGAGUGGCAACAGGCUGCCAGUGAAGCAGGGCCCAAAACACAGAUGCAGAAGCUGGGCUGGGCACUCCUCACCCGCAGCUACACCGACAUUGCCCGCAUGUUUGAUGCGGAGCGACCCACCCGCAUUCCCCGCACGUGCCUCGACCUGAUUAUGCGCUUUGCCAUGGUGCCUGUGCUCAAGCACCUCGAAUACCACCACAAGGAUCUCUUCUGGUCGCACUUUGGACACACGUUCCUCCCGCACAAAGCGUCCAUCUUCAGCAAGGUCGAGAUCCUCGACUACUGGCGCACGUCGCCUACCUUCCUCACCAAAGAGUACUCUGCCGAAGCCAUGGACAAUGCUUCUCGCACCAACUCGAUACAGGCCCUCGACUGGUGGUACAACUCGAGCCUCCCCCUCAAGUACACGGAAGCCGCUCUCGAGCAGGCCUCUUCCCAAGGCCACAUCUCUGUGCUGCAGUGGUGGAAGGAGCAUUCUCGGCACCGCACACCUCCCAUACCGGGUGAAGAAGCGCCUCCCGCGAAGCUGCGCGAUCCCCUGAAGCUCAAGGCCGGCAAGUCGAUAACGUACGCAACCCAGUCGGGGUGUCUGGACGCGAUCAAGUGGUGGGUCCACAGCGGCGUUCCCUUCUCGCACGAAGACACGGUCACCAAGAUUGCAUCCACGCACGGACACACCAAGAUCCUGGACUACUGGAGGUCGAUUCGUGGCGAGAAGAUGCUCUUUGACAACCAGGUGCUGGUCGGCCCCAGCAAGAUGGGCAGGGCAGACGUGCUGGAGUGGUGGAAGAAGAGCGGGCUGAAGGUCGAGUACAAGACGUGUGAUAUCGAGGAGGCGUUGGAGGACGGCGUCGAGGGCGAGGCGGGCGAGAGCGUGAGGCGGUGGUGGGCGGAGAACGGACUGAACCUGGGCGUUGGGACGAGCGAGUGGAUGAGGGUCAAGACGCUGGGUUCUUGA